CAGUGCUAGUGCGGCAAAUGGCUGAUUCCGAGCUUCUUCCCCAUGAUCCCGGCAAAAGGUUACCUAUCGUGAGUCCAGGCUCAGAAAUCGCAAAUGGAUCCCUGCAAAUCACGCCUAACACCGGGGAUAUCAUGCACCGAUCGGGAAGAGUGGUUUACGCAAGGGAAACUCUGAAGCUGUGGAAUAGUAAGGGAACGACACUCACGUCGUUCAGGACAGAGUUCGUGCUCAACAUCUUACCCCAAAAUGGGACUGGAGAAGGUAUGGCCUUCAUGCUCACAAAUAAACCAUUAUUGCCCAGAAACAGCAGUGGCCAGUGGCUGGGCGUGUGCAACAACCAGACAGAUGGCGCCCUGGUGAACCGAGUGAUAGCCGUCGAAUUCGACACGAAGAAGAGCAACGAGGAUGACUUAAACGGCAACCAUUUCGGAUUUGACUUCAACAGCAUCAAAUCUGUUCAGCAAUACCCGCUCAGUAAUCAGUCCAUCGUCCUCGCAAGUGGAUCUGAUGUAUGGGUUUGUAUCGAAUACGAUGGCACAUCAAAAUUCUUUCGAGUGGACCUAGUCCAAUAUAGCACUACUGGGCGGCAUGAAUCCAGUGGAGGUUUGUACAUAGAUCUAUCAACUCGACUUCUGGCGGACAACAUAUAUCUGGUAUUCGCAGGUUCCACUGGCGACUUCACCCAACUGAACCAGAUAAAGUCCUGGAACUUCACCACAGUAGAGGACGAUGUCAUGGUCGGAACAUGGAGAAAGGUGCUUUUGGCUCUCGGUACCUUGAUUUUAUUUUCUAUCUGUUUGUUCAUUGUGCUUUUCAUGUGGAGAAAGCUGACUCGGCAGAGAAGGCAUGCCUACCGUAAUCUAGAGAAGAUGAUUGAUGCGCAUGGUCCGGUCAGAUUUAAGCUCAAGGAGCUGAGGCAUGCAACUUCCAAUUUCAGUGCUACCCGUAAGCUCGGCAGAGGUGGCUUUGGAACCGUUUACCUUGGCUACAUCAGUAGGAUGAACUUGGAGGUCGCCGUGAAGCGGGUGUCAACAAAUAACUCCAAGUCUAACCGAGGACGAGGAGAGCAGGAAUUCAUCGCCGAGGUAAACACGAUCAGUAAGCUCUCCCACCGCAACCUUGUAAAGUUCAUCGGCUGGUGUCACGGGGGAGGUGAGCUGCUCCUUGUGUACGAGUACUUUCCCAUGGGCAGCCUGGACAAGCUCUUGUACGGCAGUGCCAGAGUGAGCUCUCCUGAGCUGACAUGGGAACGGCGGUACAAGCUAAUAUGUGGUGUGGCAUCAGCGAUGGACUACCUGCACCACGGAAGCAGCAAGCGGAUCCUCCACAGGGACGUAAAGGCCAGCAACGUGAUGCUCGACGAGGAGUAUAAUGCACGUUUGGGUGACUUCGGGCUCGCACGUGUCAUCCAGCACGAUGGAGUCACUCACCACUCGACACAGGCGGUGGCAGGCACUCGCGCCUACAUGGCCUACGAGAGCUUCUUCACUGGCCGUGCCAGCCUCGACACGGACGUGUACGCGUUCGGAGUCUUCAUCAUGGAGGUGAUUAGCGGGAAGAGCCCGAGCAGCUCCGUGAUGUACCUGUACCACAACGACGACAACAACGAGUCGACGGAGCGAGGGCAACAACCUAUGCCCAUCUACAUUGUAGACUGGACAUGGAAUCUCUACAGCCAGGGGAAGGCGUUGCAUGCCGCAGACCCCUUGCUCGAUGGCGAGUUUGACCAGGCACAGGUGGACUGCACAGUGAGGCUGGCGCUGGCAUGCUGCCACCCGAACCCUAGGGAGAGGCCGUCCAUGAGGAUGGCCGUGCAAGUGCUGAUUGACAGUGUCCCAGUGCUGGAGCCCCCGUUGAAUAAGCCUGCAUUUGUCUGGCCUCCAGGCGGCACACAACAGGAGAUGGAGCUGCCGGACGUCGGGUUGCUCUUCACGGGAGGGGCUGUGCAGCACAAGAGCUUCUGCUCCAUGAGCUCUGGAUCCCUCACUGGAAGGUGAAACUUGUGGAUAAUUGUACGCUUGUAAUGCCUGUGUAGAGUACGUACGGUGUACUUGUGAAGUUGUACAUCGCAUUU